AUGGAGGAGACGUUUGUGGGUCAGGGUCUGCAUGAUGUAGCUGGUCUGACGGAAUUUCGUCUUGGCCAAUCUUUCCAGAGUAAGGAGGAAGCUGUGCUGAGUGUGAAAGAUUACAGCAUCCGACGUGGAGUUGAAGCGGAUGCGUCGAUUACGAUUAAAGUGUUGCAGGAAGCAACUGAGUCCACCUAUGGUUUCAGGCUUAGUUAUAGGAAGGUUUGGAUGGCGAAGCAGAAGGCAGUAGCACAGAUCUACGGGGACUGGGAGGUGUCUUAUGGCGAGCUUCCCCGUUGGAUCCUUGGGGUGAGGUCCACCAUGGAUGGUACGAUAGCUCUUCUAAAGACCUCUCCGGUUAGAGUGGGUGAUCAGGUUGAUGAAUCGACUGUCUACUUUCACCGUCUUUUCUGGACAUUUCCUCCCUGUAUUGAGGCAUUUCGACACUGUAAACCUCUAGUCAGCAUCGAUGGUACUCACUUGUAUGGUAAGUACGGAGGCACCUUGUUAUUAGUAAUUGCUCAAGACGGAAACUCGAACAUCCUGCUUAUUGCUUUUGCACUUGUGGAGGAAGAAAAUACAGAGUCUUGGUCAUACUUUCUGACCAACCUUAGAAGACAUGUGACGCCACAAAUGGGCAUUCUGGUGAUUUUUUACAAGCACGACGACAUCAAGGCGGCACUAGAGACACCUGAUAGUGGAUGGCAACCUCUUCAUGCCUUCAAGGGGCAGGAUGCUAGGAGGUGGCUGGUGAAUGCUGCUUAUGCUAAGACAGAGGCCGAGUUUGAGUAUUGGUUUGACAUCAUGAGAACAAAGAAUUCAGCUAUGUGUGAUUGGGCAAAUAGGAUGGAGUAUGAGAGGUGGACACAACACAAGGAUGGAGGCAGGCGAUACGGUCACAUGACGACCAACAUAUCUAAGUGUGUCAAUUCUGUUUUGAAGGGAACCAAGAAUCUACCAGUGAUGUCGUUGGUCAAGUCGACGUACUUAAGGCUUGCAGAGCUGUUUGUUGUUCGGGGUCAGUCAGAAGAGGCACAACUGGGGGGCAGACACCGAUUUUCCCAGGCACUUGUUAAAGCCAUUGAGCAGAACUUGAAGGAUUCAAGGUGUUUCACAGUGACACUAUUUGAUAAGCAUAAGUCCGAGUAUACUAUCGCGGAGACUACACCUACGGGUAAGUUUUCAUUGGGAACUUACCGAGUUUCGCUUAGAGAUCGUACGUGCGACUGUGGCAAUUUUCAGGCCCUGCACUACCCCUAUUGCCAUGCAAUCGCAUGCUGUGAUCAGUCACGACUGGAUUGGGUCACAUUCGUUGAUGAAGUUUACAGCAUGGCUGAGGUUUUUAAGGUGUAUCAGAUGGCCUUUGCACCUUGUAUUCCAAAGGGGCUUUGGCCGCCAUAUGACGGACCGACUGUCAUCCCUGACCCUAACAUGAGACGUGCUAGAGAGAGUCAACCACGGUCCACACAGAUCCACAACAACAUGGAAGAAGGUGACCCCAACAGGCCAAAACGAUGUGGCCUUUGUAGGUAG